GUUCAUUUCAUUCGCAAUUGAAUUUCAAUUUCCCCUUUACCCUUCCUCUUAAUAUCUCCUCUCAUCGCAUAUACAAUACCAUUUCUCUCAUACACACACCACUCGCUCUUUCUCUCUCUCUCUUCCUCUCUCUCCCAAACCCUAACCCCAAACCCUAUUUCGCUUCCGUCAUGAAAGGUGGAAAGUCCAGAACCGAAUCUAAGAGAGCUGAGCCUAAGCUCGCUGUGAAUAAGAAGGCUGGUGGCGCCACCAAGCCGGCCAGGGGUGCCAAGGGGAAGGCAGCCAAGGACCCUAACAAGCCAAAGAGGCCUCCCAGUGCUUUCUUCGUUUUCAUGGAGGAUUUUAGGAAAAUUUUCAACAAGGAGAAUCCUGAGAACAAGGCUGUGUCUGCUGUGGGCAAAGCUGCUGGAGCUAAAUGGAAGUCAAUGUCUGAGGCUGAGAAAGCUCCCUAUGUGGCGAAAGCAGAGAAGCGAAAGGCUGAUUAUGAGAAGACCAUGAAAGCCUAUAACAAGAAGCAGGCUGAAGGUCCGGCUGCUGCAGAUGAAGAAGAGUCUGAGAAGUCAGUGUCUGAGGUGAAUGAUCAGGAUGAAGACGAUGAUGACAGCGACGAGGAUGAUGAUGACGAGUAGACACUGGGCUGAGAGUAACAUUUAUGUAGGUUGUUCUGCUGAUUUGACCAUCUCAUGCAGAUGUGUGGUCAUUUCCUGAUAAACAUAUUUCUUGCUUCCAGUUAUAUUUUCCUGCUCCCUCGGUGAAUUUGUUUUGUCGUUUGAAAACGUUAAUAGAUGAACGAAGGGAGUUCACCUUUAUUUGUACUUUUAAGUCCAACUAUUUAGUUAAGAGCUGUUUAUCUUUUGUAGAGCUUUUUAGUCUUUAUUGAUGAAUUCUGGUUACCUUUGUAUCAAUAUAAUUGGCUUAUCAUUCCCUU